AUUUAAAAGCAUAACUCAAACCCCUGAAGGCUCGAGGCAUGCAGCCUAGAUUCAGUGUAAGGGUCAAAUGUCCUUACAACACAGAGAUCCGGUGUUUCUGUGAGUAAAUCAGAGGCUUGAGACUAAAAUCCCCGGUGUUGUUCGGUGUGUUGUGUUCGUCAGAGUGGCUGCAGAGGAUUCCACCGAGUCUUAAAGCUGUUUUUUUUAAAAAAAAAAAAGCAAUAUCUACUUCUCAUUUUAUUUUAGUGGAUCAACUUUUCCUCAUUUGAAAUUUAGCUGAGUUGUGAGAGGAAGCAGCAAUGUCAUACAAAUCCAAGCUUCCAGCUUCCUGGAAUGAUGAGCGACCGUGUCGGAAAGUGGAGAUUGAUCUUAGUUCACCUGGUUUGGCGGUGUUCGAGCUGGAGAGACUCCUGUUUACAGGCAAAGCCAUCAUCAGCCAUGCAGACGAGGUUUGGCCGAGGCUUUACAUUGGCGAUCAAUUGAGUGCAGAAAACCAGGCAGAUCUAUCGAAACAUCGCUUCACUCAUGUCCUGAAUGCAGCUCACAGUAAAAGGAGAGGGCAGCCAGGCAUAUAUGAGGGACUGAAGAUCACCUACAUGGGCGUAGAAGCACAUGACUCCUGCAACUAUGACAUGAGCACCAACUUUCAGGCUGCUGCAGACUUUAUCCACAGAGGACUAAACGCAGGAGGCAAAGUUCUGGUACACUGCCAUGUUGGCGUCAGUCGCUCUGCCACUCUGGUGCUGGCUUACCUCAUGCUGAAGCAGAAGCUGACUCUAGUGGAGGCUAUUUGUGCUGUGAAGGACAAUCGGGGUGUGAUCCCGAAUCGAGGUUUCCUCCGACAGCUCAUCCAACUGGACAAGCAGCUCUUUGGCAAACAUCAUUAAACCAUAAGGAACCAAGCUUUCAUUUAAGCCCCAUCGUCUCAGAUCUGUUCACUUCUACUAGUCUGGACUAAAUAUUUGCAGAGAAGAGAUAGCAGAAACAUAAUGAUUAAAAUGAGCAUUUUAGAUAGAUUUAAAAAAAAAUUUUUUUAGUACAGGCAUCGAAAACAGUUUCAAAUCCCAAAAUGAAAGCAAAGUAAUUAGUAACAAUCCUCUUCUGUGACAUAAAGACAUGCAGAAGGCCUGUUUGUGAACCUUGGUGUUGAUCCAGUCUAUGAAUAAUCUUCUGGGUAAAGAAGACAUUAUUUCCUUUAUGCCAUUAUCCUAAUUUCAAUAUAGUAUACAAUUUCCUGCAGUUCAAGAAACACAAAUUUUAACUAUUUAAAUAAACCCUGGAAUAAUCGGACAAUCUGAGGUAAAUCAAAGAUUUACACAGGUAAUAUUGAAACAAAUCACAAUGCACAAAAAUGUAAUUCUAAGUAGGUAAUUUUUUCUUAAAAUAAGUGCAUUUUUUCUUU